CUGUGUUGGGCUGAUUACGUGUAGCUCACCAUAGCUGUAGCAACUAGCUUGUCAGACGAGACCGAGCCACUAUGAGGCUUCAUUAUUUAUAGACUGUCACGGUUAGAACUAUUCUUUGAAUACCAGCGGAGAAACAGAAGAAUUUUUAAACACUUGAAAACGCUACGGAAGAAUAUUUAAUCAAAAAUAAAAUGAUGUAGCAAAAUGGAAACAGCACAACAAACCUUGUUGAAGUGGUAUGUCAUAAGACUGCAACUUUGCUCCAGCCCACAAAACAUGGAGCUGUAAAAUCCAUGUUUCAGGUGGAGGCACUAACUCAACAAACUGCAAACUGCUCUCAAAAAGAGACGCCGAAGGGAAAGAUAUGUUUGCCAAGUUGAAGAAAAAGAUUGCAGAGGAAGCGGCCACAGCACCCCGGACUGGUGUGCGAAUACCCCGUACCAUUAGCAAGGAAUCUAUCACCUCAGUGGGGGCAGACUCGGGGGAUGACUUUGCUUCUGAUGGCAGUAGCUCCAGGGACGACUUGCCGGCCCAGCUUCUUAGAAGAAAUGAACAGAUCCGGAAGUUGGAGGCCAAGCUGUCAGACUACGCUGAGCAGCUACGAAUUAUGCAGAAGACCAAGGACAAGCUUGAAAUUGCAUUAGAAAGGCAUCAGGAUUCGUCCAUAAAGAAACUUCAAGAGCAGAAUGAGUCUCAUCAGGCAAGCAGAGCCAAAAUGGCUGAGGGAAUGACUUUAGCUUUAGAAAAGAAGGACCAGGAAUGGAUGGAUAAGCUGGCUGGUGUUGAACAGGAAAAGACUGCCCUGUCAGCUCGGCUUGACGACAUGAUGGAACAAAGCUUAGCACUCUUCCAGAAAAGAGAUGACCUGGAUGAACUGGAGGGUUUUCAGCAGCAAGAGCUCGCUAAACUUAAACACAUGUUGCUGAGAAAGGAGGAGCUGCUCAGCCAGCGGGAGCAGGAGCUUCAGCAGAAAGAGGCUGACGUUCAGUCAGCAAAACGAGGGAUGUCCGAGGCUCGGGGGAAGCUCCAGGCUCUGCAGCAGCAGCAUGACGAGAGCUGCAGACUCAACUCUGAGCUUGAAAUAGAGCGAGAAGAGUUGCUGUUACUCAGAGAGGAAGCAGACAAGAAGAUCAGUGAGCUGGAAGGACGAUGCCAGGAGCUGCAGUCCAUCAUCCAGCAGGUUUCUGAGGACUUCCAGAGGUCACAGAGCAUGGUGUCAACUUUAGAGAAAUCCCUCCAUGACUUACAGACUGAACAUGACUCCCUGAAGCUGCAACAACAGAAGGCUGCUGUAAACGAGGAGGACAAGGACCGCUUACUGAUGGAGCUUCAAAAGAAAGUGUCAUCUUUGGAGAGACGACUGCAAGGCAACCUGAGCCAGGAUGAACAUCUUCAAGAGCUGCUCCAGGAGAAGUCCAGCCUGGAACUGAGCCUAGAGGAGACCAGGGCAGAGCUGCUGGCUGUUCGGACAAAUCACGCUGACACUGUCAGCUCUCUGGAAGCUGAGGUAUCCAAGAAGAGCUGUAGUAUCACAGAGCUGCAAACUCUUCUUCGACACAAAGAUGACUCCUCCAGGGCCUACAGAGAGAGAACAGACACACAGAUCACCAGCCUGGAUCAGCAAGUUCUGGAGGGCAGAGCGAGACUGAAGACUGCAGAGCAGCAGAUCACAGAGAAACAGCAGCACAUAGAGAAACUGCAGGGGGAGUGGAGUGCAGAAAAGGCCUUUCUGGAUCAGCAGUUGUGUUUGUUGGAGCAGCAGAGUCAGGAAAAAACUAGCCGACUGGAGGAAAGCAUCGCCUCUUUGCAGACGGACAAACAAAAGCUUGUGGACACGGUGGCUGAUCUGGAAAAGCAGCUAGUCGAGGCAAACUCUAAUCUGAAGCAGAGGACAGAAGAACUGGAGCUUUGCAAGGCGGAGCUGAACAGCCGGCAGACGGUGAGCACAGAAAUCGCCAAAGCUCUGGAAGAAACCAGGCGGCAGAAGGAAGAGCUGCAGACUCAGGUAGGAGAGGUCACCACAGCUCUACAGAAUUCACAGCAGGAACUAUCUUCUGUCAGUGAGAAGCUAACUUUGAGAGAGGAGGAUGUCAAAACACUCCAGAAUGAGGUGCAGAGUCGGCAGGAGUCGCUGGUGCAGCUGCAGGAGGAGACCAAGCAGCUGCAGGCUGAGCUGCAGCAGAUGGAGCUGGACAAAGACUCCCAGCUGACGAGCCUGAAGGAGGAGCUGCUGGGCCAGACCCAACAACUGGACAGCUGCCAGGCGCGGAUUUCAUAUCUGGAGGUGGAGGUGGAGACCCUGACCGAACAGCUUCAGAGCCCUGAGGUGUGUGAAGAGGACCAGAACGGCAGUGUGACUGUGGACGACUUGGAUCACAUCCAGAAGGUCAACAGAGAGCUGGAGCAGCAGCUCAGUGACAAGAACAGGACCAUCAAGCAGCUGCAGCAGAGACUGGCAGAGUUAAAGAGGACUCUGCAGAAAGAACUGAAACUAAAGCCUGAGCCAGAAGUUGAAGGGAAGGAGAAGAUGCCAGAGAGUCGAGCAGAAAAACAAGAGAGGGUUUUUCCAGACCCACCACCUGCAUUUUCUCCGAGCCCCCCGACCUCUAACACCACCGUGACCAACACCUCAGACCUCAACGACUCACGAGAAAUCAACUUUGAGUAUCUCAAGCACGUUGUCCUCAAGUUCAUGUCAUCCAGAGAAGCAGAGGCUUAUCAGCUGAUACGAGCUGUAUCUGUGCUGCUGAACUUCACUCGAGAAGAAGAAGACAUGCUGAAGCAAACUCUGGAGUACAAGAUGUCCUGGUUUGGUUCCAAGCCGUCACCAAAGGGUAUCAUUCGGCCUUCAAUCUCAGGCGCUUCAACUCAGUGGAGCUGAUGAGCGGCAGAAGUAGCUGUUAGGAUGGAGGAAAAGCAGGAAAUAAAGGAUUACUUUCUGGAGGAGGAAGUCCUUCCUUUGAUCACCGAGAAGCUUUAAACUUUGAGCAGCCUCCUACAUCUUUUCUCCUCUCUGUGGGAGGGACAGUUGUUUUGUGCUGUGUGGGGGGAAUAAUAAAAGGGGUUUCAGAAUAUCUUGAAGGGAUAAAGGCAUAUCCAUAAACAUUUUUACAUUAACUGAUGCAGGCGUCUAAUUUUACUUCACUUAUAUGACAUAAAGCUGAUGUUUUCAUCUCCAAGAAAACAGCAAAAAAUGACGAAUAAACAGCCUGCCUUACUGUUAUUUAAGGACUGUCUCAUUUUGUGCCCUCUUUCUGUCGGUACAAGCAUUAACAUGACCCGAUUGUGCUCACUGGACAGAUGCUACUGCUUCUGAGUGCUUAAGGACCUGACGGCUUGUUUCCUGGAUAUUCUCUUAAUCAUCACUGAGGGCUCUUUUAUGCAAAUGUUUCAUUGUUAAAAUCUGCACAGGAUACUGAAGCCGUCUUUGCUUCAGUAUCACUAAGUUUGACAGUACCUGUCAAAUAUUGAUAAUUUACUUUGGUUUCAAAGGACCCAGUUUGUUUAUGUAAAGUACAUCAAUUCAAGACAGGCUAUUUUAAAUGAAAAAUAAUAACUGCAAUCCUUAAACAGUCAAGAGAGUCUUUGUUCAUAAUUAUGUACAAUUUGACUGGAAGAAUUUUGACUCAUGAAGUGUUUUGAGCACAUUGUGAGAAAAUUGGAAAAGCUCAGCCAAACAAAAGUUAAUUUGUGGAUGCACUUCAUUAACAACAUUUUGGCCCUUUUGUACUUUAAUAUUUUUACAGCCACUCUGUACAGUUUACAGAUGCCUUGGUGAUCUAAAACCAGAUUUACUCUAAUCAAAAAUUACUUUUUAAAUUGGCAAAUUAGUGUCUAACAUAUAUGAAAAGCUUGUUUCUAGGCCACAGUGCUGUUUCUCCAGGAGUUGGCCCUUUAAUCAGAUAUUUUUCUUAAAGUCUAUUUCACCUGAUUGGGCAAACUAUCAUCUAAGUAUUGCACCAACCACCUAUCACAUGUCUCAAUUUGGCUCGGAUGUACUGCCUAUAAGUAUUACUUUAGGGCAAGAAAAUGCAAAAUGUACCUGUUGACUGUUUUAGGUCCUUUAGUGAUGGUGCAAAUGACAGGAAACUUGAUCAAUUAUAUCUACUGUAUGUGAUGAAAUAUGUGAAUGCUAUGUACAUAAUGACUGGAGACAUGUCCUACCUAUACUUGCCUUUGCUAAUGUAAAUUAAAUUACAUUCCACGUGUCUAUUUAUAUAGAGAAAUAUGUAAAUACUGUAUGCAUUGAGAACUUUAUAAGUCAGUGGAUGUAAAUAGUUUUGUGAGGAAUUUGCAGUAUCUCAAUCUCUAAUUAUUGACUAGAACACAGGCAUGUCUCUGCCUCAGCUUCCUCUGUCCCACUGCCUUAUUGUGGUCCUCAAGCUUUGAGUGUGAUAUCACCCCAUGUGACAUGUUGGUUUUAUCAGUGUUUUUGUUUUCUGCCAUUUUAAGUUGGCUUUGUGUGUGUCCUUCUGUAUAUACUGGUAUACAGGAGAAAAUGGUUGAAUGCAGGCCUAUCAUCUUGUAUUACGACAAAAAAAAAAGGUAGCAGGCUGAUGUCUCUACAUGGGCUCCAGGGGCUAAUAAGGUAUCCUUGCAGAAAUCAAAAUGGUGGAAGAAUUUUGUAACCUCAUUAAUUUGGCUGUGUUAAAUCCUUUGACACUACUGCACAAUCACCACAGCUUUUUCUUUUUUUUAAUGAUUACUGUAAGUUCAGUGCUUUCCAUUUACACCUUUUAUUACAAAUAAAACCAGAAUCACAAAAUUA